GAGGUGAAGCGAGAGGAAGGGCCUGGGCUGGCUGUUGCCAGGGCAACUUGACAUCACAGUGACGAACUUCCCUCUUUAAAAGCUUUUAAAUCUGAUUGCUCCAGCCCUCCAGGCCCCAUUCUGAUGCCUCUUAACUGAGUUAGAGGGGGGAAGGGCAGAACGGGUGGCCUCUCUCACACAUAAUCACAAGCCUGAGGAAAGAACAGAAAGGAAAGAGAAAAGCUGGCUUUCUAAAAGCUCGCUACAGUGAAACAAAACCUUCCAGGAUUCUGUUUGUACAAGAAUCUGAAAGAGAGAUAGGUGCUUUACAAAAUGUCUGCUGAGGAUUGCUUCAGUUAUAUAGUGCCAAAUGAGAAGCACAGAAGAGCACGCAAUUGGACUGAUUCCGAAAUGAAAGGGCUCCUGUACAUCUGGGAAGAGUACGUCACUGAGCUCAAGAAGGCCAAACGCAAUGCUAAGAUCUACGAAAUGAUGGCUAAGCAACUGUACGACCUGACCGGCGAACACCGUCACCGGGAGGAGAUAAAGAUGAAAAUCACCAACAUGACAUUCCAGUACAGGCAAGUGAAGCUCAAGCACACGGCCAAUGGUGGUGGUGGAACACCUGACUGGCCAUAUUACAAGUCCAUUGAGAGGAUUUUGUCGAAGAUACCUGAGCAGACCCAUAUGAGCCCACUGGACUCGCAAAUCACUGGAGCAUCCACUUCGCAACCUGAACCCUCUGUACCUCAAGCCGGAACACCAGGUAUAGGCUUUCUACCUGAGUACACUGGAUCCUCAGAGGAAAGAGAGGUCAAAGAGGAGGACGAUGAUGGGACUGAGGUCUCUGUGAGUUCUUUCGAAUCCAGGUCUCAGCCUAUGAAGAGGCAGCGGUUGUCGCAUAGUACCUCGCUGCGCCGCAGGAAGUUGCACGUGAUGGAAGCUAUGCUAAAAGAGCAGAGGAAGAUGAGCCGUGCUGUGGAGGACACAUGCAGAGAGGUGCGCCGUGUAAUGCACCAGCAAAACUUCCUACAAGUACAAAGCCUGCAGCUCCAGGAGCGGAUGAUGAACUUGCUGGAGAAAAUGAUCCCAUCCACAACCAACCUUACAAACACACAUACCUAAGUCUGACCUAGCCAAGAUUUAUGUGCUCCUUAAAAACUGAUAUUCAACUCUUCCACUUCACAGUGCUUUUUUCGUGCUUCAGCAGCAAAGCUAUUUAAAUCUACAAUCCACAAUCUCAUCUCUUACUAUCUUGAUGACUAAGAGGUCUAUUGAAUUUGCUGUGGUACAAAACCCAGAAUCACAAUAUACAGUAAAGGAACUCAGAACUAAUUAAAAAAGACACAUGAAACUUGUUUACUGUUGCAUCUUUGUAACAUUGUUGAAGUAUUGUUUAAGGAUUUCAGAUGUUACACUAUGAUUAAUUAUGUGUGUGUGUGUGUGUGU